AUAUAACUCGGGGAAAGACCCUAAGUAUGAGACAUGGCUGACGUGGAGUUCCAUACAGAUGAAGAUCUAGAUUUACAACUUGAAGGGGACAUAUUAGUACCAGGUUCUGCCAAAAGUGAUGAGGAAUUAUCUACUCUUGAUGAGCCUGUUAAACAAACAAUUCUUCGAGAUUUAAGAGCUGUAGGUACAAAGUUCUUUCAUGUACUUGUUCCAAAGAAGAGUGAUGCCCUUCUCAAAGAAUGGGAUCUGUGGGGCCCACUUAUUCUAUGUGUCUUCAUGGCCAUGUUUUUACAGGGUUCGACUGAAGAAUUAAACAAUAUGAAUGAUGGAGGACCACAGUUUGCACAGAUGUUUGUAAUAUACUGGUUAGGAGCUGUUGUUGUAACGUUGAAUAUCAAACUUCUAGGAGGAAAUAUCUCUUUUUUCCAGAGUGUUUGUGUGCUAGGCUACUGUGUGUUACCACUGACAGUUUCUCUUGUACUGUGCAGGAUUAUUUUGUUGGCAGGAUCACAGACACUUGCUCUGUUCAUUAUUAGAUUCAUUUGCGUCAUCACUGGAUUUGCAUGGUCAACAUUUGCUUCGACAGCGUUUCUCACCGAUUCCCAGCCACAAAACCGAAAAGCUCUGGCAAUAUAUCCAAUCUUCUUGUUCUACUUUGUCAUCAGCUGGAUUAUCAUUUCUCAUACACAUUGACAGGCUGUUCAAUUCGCAUCAUCACUGUUUUCUUUUGUGAAGUUGCCAGCUGGGCACCAUAGCAUUGAUUAUGAACGGGCAAUUAUUUAUCUAUGUAUUUUAUGUGGGGUUUUACAGUUUUUGGCAUCCAUUUCAUGCAAUUUUAAAUGUAAAUGAUAUGAUGACAUGGUACUCUUUUAUUAGUCCACUACCGAUCCAUCUGGUGGGGACUAUACAUGUAGCUUUCAUCUCCGUCCUUCUGUUUGUCUGUCCCACAUAUAGCCUUCCAGGUGGGGUUUUCACAAUGAACUGAAAUGUUGUGCAUAUAGCUUUAUCAUGUUCUUUUACAGAUCAAGUUUUACUUUCAUUGCAAUUUACCCAUUGUGCACUUCCCUUUUGCCCCUUGAACUUGGGAGACAUGAAAGUGUAUUUUCGGACUUUUGUUUUGCAAUGCCUGUAGAUAUUGAGAUGAAAUUUUGUAUAAUAUACUUUAUCAUGUACUGUUACAGAUUACAUUUCUGUUAACGUUCAUGGCGAUUUACACAUUUUUCACAGUUAUGUCUGUUGAAUUUAGGAGAUAACAAAAUUUGUUGGGCCCUGUAGGAGACAUGCAUUUAGCCGAACUCUUAGAAUGCUUGUUUUUGGUGGGGCUUUCCAGUGUUCUUUGGAUCAUCUGAAUCAGUGGGUCGCAACCAUACAUCUUGGUGUUUAUUUUGAAAUGUUUUCAUACAUGUGGGCUGUUCCAUGUAGUCAGUUUGCAUCAAAGGGAAAUGAUGACCUGGUAUUUCACUAUAUACUGAAUAAUGCUAACACACAAAUAAAAACAUUAUUAAGUUUUAAACCCAUACCAACACCUUUUUUUUUUCCUUCGUUCUUUUUAAAGAAAAAAUAAUGUUUUGUAAACAUUUUACCAUAAAAGUGUAUAGAUCAAAUCUCAGUUUUAAUACAUGGAUAAAGGUGAAAUGUUUGAAAGCCCAAAGUUAGACCUGAUUUGAUACUGGUAAUGGAUAGCAGUAUACAGAAAAUGAUGGCAGAACUGCACUUAAUUUUAGCUCGGCUGUUCCUCAGUGACCUUCAUUUCAAUAUCAAAAAAGAAGUUUGCCAUAUAUACAAUUUAAGUUUUAGCAGCAUUUGUGUGCCAUUUCAUUACUUUCCUUUUGCCACAAACUGGUAUCAUGAACACCAAAAGUUUAAAAACAUUUUCAUGACAUCAUAUAUACUUUUUUUUUUUUUUUUUUUUUUUUUAUGUAUGUACUGGAUGCAUUCUAAUGCAAGGGUGAAAAUAUUGAAAAAAUUCAAAUAUAUGGAAAUAUGAACAUUGAUUAAUUAAUCAUCGGCUGUUGGAUGUCAAACAUUUGGUAAUUCGGACUUGUAGUCAUCAGAGGAAACUAGCUAAAUUUUUUGUAAUGCAGCAGACACAGACAGAAAAGCACAUACCAUGGCCUUUGUCCAGUUGUGGUGCACUGGUUGGAAUAGAUCAAGUAGUCCUCUUCUAAAAACAUUUAAAUUACAUAAAGUGUGUGGCAUCAAAUAGAUUGUAAGAUACAUGUAAGUAAGAUAUGUUUUUCUUUAUUUUGUAUUGUUUUGAAAAGGUCAUUAUUACCAGGAGAGAAGUAAAUCUUGAUGUUCUCAACUUGCCAUUCAUUGCAUUAUUAUAUAUUUAAUAAUGAAAAGAACAUACAAUGCAGAGGUGCAAUAAUUUUAAUGAUUUGAUUCAGGUUGGGCCUGGUAUUGUUUUUUCAUGUAGUUAUGAUGAUUAUCUUGAAAAAUGAACAUUAACUUUCAGCUUGCACAAUUAUAAUCGAUCAAUGUGAAAGUAAAGGUAAUUAAAGUUGAUGUACUGUUUGGUGGGGGCCAUUCAAAUAUUAUAUAUGGCUCGAGGGGUGGGUCCAAAUUUUAUGUAGUUAUAGGGGUGGAUGGGUGUACACUUUUUUAUUACUAAAAUCUUUUUUUUUCUUUUUCUUGCUAAAUGCUCUGUCAUGGUGACAAUGUUUAAUGCAGGUAAAUAUAUCUAAACAUAUUCCCACAAUAAGGAUUAUAAAUAGAGUUGAAAUACAUAUUUGUGCUUUCCCAAAUUGCAAAACAGUAUGUUAAAAUUAUGUUGCACCCAUUGCAUGACUUGUUUGUGAAGGUAUGUGUGUGUCUCCCAAACAUAAAAAUUUUUUUUAAAAAUGUUUUGGGUGUGUAUGUGAGUGUAUGGUUUAGCCUUACAAGGGAGGGUGUCUAAUUUUGACAAAAAUAGCAUUAUGUAAUAUUUGAAUGGCUGUUAAAGUUUAUUAUUUUCUUUAACACUUAAAUCGGUUAAUGUAUGGCUUUAAUAUUUGGUAUAGGUCACAUAGUGCAACACAUGUAUUUCUCCAGCACAUGGGCAACAAGUUUCUCUAAUUGCCUUCAGUUCUUGAAUACUUUAAUAGAUGGCUUUCACAUUUGGUAUGAAUGUUUACCCCACCCCAUGAGGUAUAAGUCAUUUUGAACUUGAAAGUUUCUGACAUUACUUUUAGGUUCACUAAAACAUUUUCUGAAAUUAUUUUAUGUUCACUGAAACAUUUUACAAAGUCUGCAUGCUCCUUAUGAUUCCUUGAAAGCCUUAAAGGGGCCAUUGUUUCCUACUAACGGUCUUUUUGGCAACUACAAUUGCAUAUUAAAUAUAUUUUCUUGUUUAGAAUAGCAGUAUGUCUUUGCUGUGAUGUACCAAUGUUAGGAAAGUAACAACAUGUAUAUAUUUAUUUCUUAGGUACAAAAUUACUGGAAGGUAAAAUGCAGUUUUGGCUACUACAAACAUUAGGACAACAAACACCUUGUUUAUUCAGACACUGGUAUUUUCCACAAAUAAAUAUCUUUAAUAUGUAAUUUUAGUCAUAAAGAGGUUUUAUUUGUCGUAAAGGUAUUACAAUGGAAUUACUCGAGAUAGUCUCAAAGCCUCUUUCAAUUGAAAGUGGCCAUGAAUAUCUUCGGCUUAUACAUAACAUUUUGUCUGCAAAACAGCGAUACAUGUCCAAGUGAGGUAAUUACAUUAUUGACACAGACUUUUGAUACCCAUCUUUUUGGUAAAGGGUCCUUAAAAAAGUUAAAGAGGGGUUUUAAAAAUAGCUUUGAAAAUAUGGCCUGGUGUUUGAUUAAUGCAUUAUACCUUAAAAAAAAAAUAUAUGAAGAAAUGGAGAACCCGACAAGGAACAUUAGUAAGGAGGCAUAAUUAAACUGACCAGUAAGAAUAAUGGAAGGCUGUUAACUAUUAAAACAGAAACAGGGUCUGAAUGUGUUCUGUGAAAGAAUUUUUUAAUGUCCAUGUUUUUGUUGUGGAGUUGCUAUGCUUGUGUGUGUGUGUGCACGCGCGCGAGUGACAAAUGUAGAUCUAUUUAUUUUAGCAAUAUCUGCCUUCACUUAAGGUUUUGUUGAUGUAUUUUCACUGCUGGGCACCUGCAUUAUUAAUCUGUGAUAGAUUUCAAAUGUAAAAAAAAAAAAUUCUAUGUAAAUAACUUAUGAUAUAUGUUUGUAUAUAAGAGGUAAAUACACAUUUUGUUAUUCUGGAAGAGAAAAUAAAUGGAACAAAUGAA